AUGGCGUCCGCUCCGCUCGCCUGGGCCGUCCGGCCACAUCAGGAUCACACCCGCCAGCACCCCGAUCGCCGCUUGCCCCCACCCCGUGAUGGAUCUCUGGAGGUAAACUACGGUGCCUCUGCGCGGCUUCCGUACGGCGCGACUCCAUCGCAUGUUGCGCCGCCGGCUUCAGGCCCUCGUGGUGCCCCCGUCCAGGUGCCCUACGGCGGGCCGUAUCCAGCGCCGUACGUCGCUCCGUCGUCGCCGUACGUCGCGCCGGCGCCGUAUGCUUCGUCCUCCGCGGUGCCCUAUGAGGCGCCGUAUGGCGCGCCCUACGCUGCCCCUGUGCCGUACGUCGCGCCGCUGCAGCCCUACGGCGUACCUCCUACAGCGCCCUACGGUCAUCACCAACACUACCGUCCGCCUCCGUCGGCCGAUGCGCUGAUUCCGUACAGUGCUUCCCCGACGUACGACUCGCAGCUCUCCGCACCGGUGGCUGAACCAGGACCUUUCCACUUUGCUCACCUGGUGACGGUGAAGCUCUCUGCUGACAACUACCUCCUGUGGCUCGCUCAGGUGUUGUGCCGCUGA